AUGGUGAUACUGGAAGAAGUGAAGGUUUUACUCCAGCCGCUAGUGAUAGAGGUGGGUCACCGUGAAUACGAAAUGGUGAUCUACCACAUUGUGGUGGCCUGCAAUGUCCCUAAGAGGAGGCGUUUCCUCCGGCUCACCAUCAUCAAAUGGGGUAUCUUCGCCAAGAAGUUGGAAAUCUCCGUCUCGGGUUGCAGCAGACGAAUCCUCAUUUUUGAAGACGUUUCGUUCCAGUUGAUGCCCAAAAUCGUUGCUCUUGGUAUCCUCAUCACCGAAUGAGUCCCUAUCCAAGGUACCAGUGCUGGGACUCUGACAUGUAGUGAUAGCUGGCUUCAGGUGCCGUUCUGUCGCUCAUGAUGACGAAGGGGUGGAGGGGGCUGGUAGGCGAAGAAGUAGGGAGUGCGGGAGUUGAUAAUCGCAAAGGAAGCUGCAAAAAGAAAAAAAAAACUAAAUAAAGACAA